AUGAGAUUCUCUUUGCCCGUCGUGCUCCUCGCGGGCCUCGGUUUGGCUGCCGACCCCAGCGUGUGGGACUUUGAUGACUCUUGCCAAACUCCUGAGCGUCUGGAUAGAUUCAAAAAGGCCUACAACGACGCUGAGCUCAUGGCAGUCAAGGCGCAGGGGGAUAUGAGGAUCAUGAAUACUGCCCGUCCGGAUUUCGAACGUAUGGAUUCACCUGGACUUCGAAAUUGGGACCGCAUUGCACGGGCUGUUACCAACAUGUUUGGCUUUGCGCCAAGCAAGGACGGCCAUGAUCCCAAUGAGGAGCAUUUCUCCAAUGUCAUGUACGUCUACGACCGUAUGGUCAAGACCCUUCAUGAUGGGCAGUUGGUCCCCGAGAACGGCUACGGCGGCUUCAAGCCUCUCCUCAUGUGUGACGAAAAGAAGUGGGUUUGGGUCGGCAAAGACGAAAAGGACCCUCACGACCCAAGAGGUCGUCCCCUGCGCGAGUCACAAGCCAGAAUCGUUGCCGGGUAUAACGGAGCCUGGGUGUACAAGCACCGCUACUUGGCCGCCGUGACGAAGCAAGACACUCCUGGCCUCUGCCGAGAUGGUGUGUGGGCGACUACCUUGACAAGAUACGAUUUCAUCAUCUUCUGUGACGCUUCUUUCGGCGACAAGACCGCCAACACGAAGUCCGCUGUCGAUGCCAAGGACACCGCUGCCAAGGGAGACAAGCUGAACUCGUACAGCUCCUUGAGUCUUGCGCGUAUCAUGGUCCACGAGUUUGCUCACUGGUUUGGUGGCGACAAGACUGGAGGACCAGAUAACAGAGAUGUCAAGGACCAACCUGCCGUCGGAAAAGAAGGCGCUCCUAUAUACCGAGCUGACAACAAAUACACUACCGACGCCAAUGCCCCAGGCGCCAAGAGAGUCAUCACAUAUGAUUUCCUAUGGACGUCAAACUUGGCACGCUCACAUCUUGGAGAAAACGAGGGCAACACCGGCCCAAGUAAAUCUACCUUUACAGCUGAAUCAUAUGCUCUUUUCUCAGUAAUGACAUACAUGGACAAUUGGGACUGGUCCGGCGAUGGAAUUGCAAAGGACUUUAGUAUGAUUCCCUAUAAGCAACUUCCUAAUGGUAAGAAGUUUCGCUUGGAAGGAUGA